AUGCCACCGAAAACUCGACGAGCAGCUAGCGGCCCGACCGCAAGGGCGGGACAAUCGAUGCUAUCCUUCAAGGGCCGGGUUAGUAAACCGACCGACUCGACGACGGCAUUGAAGAACGCAAAGACGCAACUAAACGAGCCUGCCAAAGAAAUUAUCACAUCUGAGAUCGUCAAGCAAUCGACACCAGAACCAGAAGUUCAACCAAAACAAACAGGCAAGGGCAAAGCACCACAAGUCGAAUCACCUGUCCGCAUACUUCCUCCUCCGUCUCGAAAGAAGAAAGUGCGUAGAUCUGCCGGCGAACAGAAUGAGGCUGCUGCCUAUGAGGCAGCUGAGAAACAAGCCAACGAUCUGAGCGACGCACGAAUCACGAAGUUCUGGAAGGCUGAAGAGAAUAAGCGCUUAGCACCACAGAUCCACCAACAAGGUGUACAUAUGCACGAGAAGAUAUUACGGCAUUUCGACCUCUCCUCAGAAUACGGUCCAUGCAUCGGAAUCACCCGUUUGCGAAGAUGGAAACGAGCUCGCGCUCUGUCGCUCAACCCGCCGAUCGAGGUCUUGGCUGUGAUACAGAGGGAAGAAGCUAAAGAAAACAGAAAGGGCGGGACAAGAGAUGCGGGUAGGAUUGCCUACAUCGAUGAGCUCUCCGGAGCUCGUGAUCUUGCUGUGGCUGCUUGA